AAUUUGCAGCGUUAAUCACUCACGUGUGUCCAUCUCUCUUCCAUUGCAGUUUCCCCAUCUGGUGUUUGGAGCUGUGGCCUCCUCUGCUCCUGUAGAGGCCAUGUUGGACUUCUCUGCCUACAGCAAUGCUGUCGGCUCGAGUCUGACAAAUGAAGCAGUUGGCGGCUCAGAGAAGUGUCUGACGGCGGUGCGGAGAGCCUUUGCUGCUGUGGAAGCUGCUCUGAUGUCUGGUAAUGCCAGCCAAGCGGCCAAAGACUUCAGCUGCUGUCAGGUCCCCGAGGAUCCAAACGAUAAGAUUGAGCUGUUGCAAAGCCUUGCUGGCAUCUUCAUGGGACCAGUGCAGUACAAUGAAGAAGGGGUGCUCAUGACAAUAAACGAGAUCUGUGGUGUUAUGACCAAUCACAGCAAGGCAAACCACGAAGCGAUGGAGCCUUACAACCGCCUUGUUACUCUUGCACAGAUCUACCGUUCAACCACUGAGGAACCAUGUCUGCACAUCUCCUAUGAGGAAUCUUUGAAGGACCUGAUGGACACAUCUCUUCGUUCAGGGAGGCGAGGAGCAGAGAGAGCGUGGACCUACCAGACCUGCACUGAGUUUGGCUUCUGUACCACAAACACACAAAUGAACACACAGCAACAAACCUAUAAUACACAUUAUUAUCAUGUCUUUGACCUGAUGCUGUUUCAUUCUGUGUUCAGAUCAGACUUGUGA